AUGUAUUUCUUGGUUAAGAAGCCUACGUGGUUAGUUUUUGAUCCGAAUGAGUAUUGUGAUGAGGAGGUGCGCAUGCUCCAAGUGCGACAUAAAGAUGGCGUUUCAAACACAAAGCUUGUGAAAUUUGAGGACGGCACGUGGUAUUUGAAGAAUGGAAGUCAGAUGUUUGCAUUGAAAAGUGUUGGCAUGAAGAGGCGCACAGGAGUUGGGAUGCAGAGUGGAAAGAUGGUAGAAAUCAAGGAGGUAGUGGAUAAAAAGUGGUUUAUAAAAGCAAAUGAUACUGGAGAAAGCUUAUGA